AAGUGACGUUGUUGCACACUAGCAGGAAAUGAAGAGUUUCUUUGAAUAUGUGUAACUCUAGAGAACAAGAAUUUGUAGCACAGAAAAGUUUUUUUUCUAAAAAAACAACCCUUCAUUUGAUUUAAAAGUUGGGGAUAAAAGUGUACGGUUGCAGUACCGGAUGGUUUUAUAAGACUUGGAUACCUCUGAGAUAUAAGCAAAUCCUGGAUGCUCCGUCAUGUGCUCAGUGUUAAUUGUGCACACUAGCGAGGCCCAAGACUGGGCCUCAUACCUAAAGCUCAUCCUGGAAUCAUCACAGUAUUUCCCCCAGGAUUCUAUUUCUUUCUAUCUCAUGGAUGAUGAACAUUCAUUGCAAGAUGAAGACUAUUUAAUUUUUAGUGCCAGCCAGUGCAUCUUGCUGUUGCUCUCAGUAUCAUUUGUAGAUAUUCAAAGUAAGCCAGGGGUGCGGAACGCCUUGAAGAAGUUUCUUUAUCCCCCGAGUAAAAUCGUCGCAUUUUUGUGUGGCAUCACUGAAAGCGAUGUCUUAAUGGACUGUUUUGAACACUGGAAUACUUGGAGAAAGCUUGAUUCAGAGGAUGAGCCAGGCCUGUAUGUCUCCACAGUGUGUGAUGUUAUUGAGGAAGAAAACAUUGCCCAUCUUGAGGAUGAAGUGACGACAGAUGAUAGAUUCCCAUCACCAAUAGGAAGUAUGGAUCUGCCUGAUCCAGAGGAACUUCAACAGCUCCCUCCUGAUCAGUUCUACUUACCAGAGGAAGAUGUGGAUGUUUCAGAUGGAACCUUGACUCAGCCUAGGAGUCUGUCUGAUUCAGAAGAACACAAAGCAUACCUUACUGUCCAACCUAACAGAAUACUCUGUGGGACCCAAGUGGAUAUUUAUGUCAUUUUGGUAAGCAAGUUGGACAUUCAAGACAGUAUUGAAGUGGAAUUUCACUGUGAACGUUCAACAAAACGCGUGUCAGGAACUGCUGUGAACGAAUAUAUUGUUACAGUUCAGUCACCUGAUAUGCCAACUGGUGAAGUUACUCUCCAUCUUUAUAGUAAUGGGUCAAUUUUAUGUUCAACAACUGUUACGUACUACACAGAAAUGGAGGAAAUAAGCAAUUAUCUUGAGAAAGUAAUGGACCCUGUACAUUUUAUGUGUCAGGCGUUCAGUAUUACAUCAAAUGCAUCAGAGGCACUGGAUACAUUGCUUACAGAUUCUCUUAAAAAACAGAUGCCUCCAAAUGGACUAAAAUCAUUUGGAAUUAAUCAGCUUGAAGAGGAGAAUACAAAUCAACGGGAUAUGGAACUCCCAACAUUACUUCACUUCUCAGCAAAGUAUGGCUUAAAAAAGUUGACUAGCACAUUGUUGCAAUGUCCCGGAGCCCUUCAGGCCUACAGCAUAGCAAAUAAGCAUGGGGAUUAUCCUAAUACACUGGCCGAGAGAAAUGGUUUUCCCGAUUUGAGACAGUUCAUGGAUGACUAUGUUGAAACCAUAGACUUGGUCAAGUCUCACAUGGAAGAAUCCAUGGAAACUCCAGUAGAUGAGGACAUUUAUGAGCCGAUGGCGAAUGCGUCACAAAAUUUUGUUGCCAAGUUUUCUCUGCAGGAAGACAUAUACGAGUCCAUGAUGCAACUCAAUCCUGACAUGGAGUUGUAUGAGGACUUGGGCAGUUUGAACAGUUCUUUCAACGAGUCUCAAUCAGAAGAAGCUGUGUUGAGAAAGUUUUUUGAAGCAAAUGCAAAGACGCGUUUUGAGUCGGAAGAAGAGGCCGUAAACGAUGCAUGCUCUGAGAGAAGAUACAGUGAGACGGAAGAGGAAACCACAGGAGACAACAUGGAAAACUAUGAGGAGGACGACGAUGAGGACCCGUAUAAACUCUGCUAUCCAGAUGAAAUUUAUGACACCAUAGAUAACGAGGAAAGCAUUUCGCCUGCAGUUAUGAAUCGUCCGCCAGCCCCAAUACCUCGAACAUGUACCACCUCCGAGCCUGAGGAAUGCAAGACCUAUAUUUCAACAGUUUUCUCCUCCAAGAACUCGUUGUAUUCAGAAACCACUCCACAAGUGAGGCCUGUGCCUGAUCGAACACUUAGCAUUGCACACGACCCCUAUGCUGGUAUGAAGACCCCGGGUCAGAGGCAGCUUAUUUCCCUGCAGGAGAGGGUAAAGGUGGGCGCGCUCACCGUGGAGGAGGCGGUGCAGGAGUUUAAGGCCUGGCAGUUUGACCAGGAGAAACGAUCGCAGUCUGUCCGCUUCCAGCAGGAAAAUUUACAAAAAUUACGAGAAAGCAUCAUCCGUCGAAAAAAAGACAAAGGAAAAGGAAGUGCAAAAGCUUUAGAUCUAGAUAUAACUGCUCCAAUGCAGAGGAACCUGCGCUGGGGAGCUCAUAUGAACGUUGAGUGUUCGGUGUAUGAACCAGCUCCUAGAUCCGUCUCCCAACCUCCCCCUUUAAACAGAACACCUCAGAGGGGAACCUGGCAUACAGGAAGUGCAUCCAGUACAUCUAGCAGUGGCAGCAACAGACUGAGCACGUUAAGUACCGUCAGUAACAGCAGUGGAGCAGAAUGCGAGCUUGAGGAAUCUCAGGACAGUGGUCCUCCUCCACCCCGUCCACCCCGGCCUGCAGCUGAAACUCCACCCACACUUCCUCCUCCAAGAAUCCCGCCUCGUCUGCCCGACCGGUUUCAAGAGAGCAUGCUAAAUGAGCGUUAUGUAUCAAGUCCAGCUCGUCGAUCCAGCCAUGUGCCCCCUCACAGACCCAUCCCUCCACCUCCUAUGACACGACGACCAUGGUGAUCACUUCUUACAUGUGACUCAUGCUUACUAAAGGCUCACUUUCACCCAACUUUUGGAACUCAAACGUGGGAAAGACAUAAUUUCAUAAUGAAGAAGGAUAAAGCCUGCCAUCUGGUGGCCGUGGUUUUAAUUGACAGCUUACAGGACUGCUGCAAUCAAGGACCUGGGUUUGUGGUGCUCAGAAAGGUCUUGGUGUUCCUUUUGACUUUUGUUAUUGUUCUUGGAUAGCACAAUUUAUAAAAAAAAUCCGACCAGUGUAAAAUAACUGUAAUUACCUCAAUCACUAUUAUUACUAAAUUGAUAGUAAUUACUCAUUUGGUCUUAACAUUGAUUAUUGUUUCUGCUUUGUUUAAAUUAUAACCUAGUAGCUUUAGUUUAGUAAACUAGGAGCUUUAGGAUUUUAGAACUUUUGAGUUAUUUACAGUUUUAUAAACAGUAUCUAAUUCUUUAAUCUAGUCACAUCAGCACAUUUCUCACAUCAUAAAAACUUACUGGUUUUGUUUUUUUAAAUAACGGUCCUGUAUUAACCUUUCACUUCUUACAGAAGUUUUUCUGUCUCUACGACAUGUUAACUGGACAGGGAACUGAGCAUGAACUGAAAAUGACACUGAUGAUUGUAACAAAUGAAAGCAGAUUUAAGGUUAUUGUUCACCUGCUAGUCUGUGCUAGAACUUCUUUCUAAUUCACUGAACACAGUUUUAAACUUAAAGCUUUUCUUUUAUUAAAGAAAAAUAUGAACAGUAUAAAGGAGAGAUAGUACACAUUGUUUUUCCAAGGUAUUAAAUAUGUACAAACAACUCUAUGCUAUUUUACAAAGCUCCUCACAUGUUCUUUGAAUGGCUAAUGGUCCUAGACCAGGAACCCCGUGUUGUAGAGAUCUACAACAAACAUUUUAAGGAUUUCCCCCAGAGACACAAAGGCUCUUUAGGGGUGGAAUGAGAUUUGCAGUGAAAAUCUGUCUGCCUCUGCCAAAAAGUUAUAAAACGUGUCAUAGUUGGAUCUUCUAGGAGGACAAUGAUCUCGAACAUUUUCAUGGACUUCCCAUGACCUAACUUAAACCCCAGUAAAGGUCUGGGGGGUUGGCUGAAGACAUCCACAAGACAGAAAUCAAGAGACUCUGGAAAGAUUUUACAUGGAGAAGCAUUCUCAAAUACUGUUCUCUUUAUUUUUACAUCAAGAAAUAUAGCAAAAGACUCAGUUAUGGUAUGUUGGCAGUAGAAACCUACACAAAAAAAUAAAAGCAGUGAA